CAGUAUUUUCCAUUGUUUUGUUUUGAUUUUUGGUCCUACUUCUUUCAUUGCCAUUCAUUUCAUUUUGUGCUGCUCUAAUUUGCAAAAAAAUAGUUUCUUUUGCAACACACAGCAUCAUCAUCGCUGCUCACUAUUCUCUUUUUGUGUUAAUUAACUUGAGAAAGGUCCAAGCAUAUUACUAAUUGGUUUUUACGCGCGUUCUUUGUGCUUAGGCAUAAAAAUAUAAACAAAACAUUGUUAUCUCACAACAAACAAAACGACGAGAAGGGAGAAGGUUGAUAGUAGCACUUUACCAAACGCACUCGAAAAAUUAUCAGUAUAAACGGUGAGUACGUACAUUUGACUCGCGACACAUACAUUCGUCUCCUAGCUUACCUGAGAUUAUCAAAGACACACUAUCGUCAGUGUCUCCCUCCGAACACUGACUUGUCUUUUAUUUUUGUGAUGAACUAUGAUGGCCUAUUGUCACAGUUAACAACGGAUGAUAAAUUGAACUUGUUUCAAGUGGCGUUAACACCGGAAGAUGGUGCAAUAGAGGAGGAACAGGCUGCCACCAUACAAUGUGUUAAUCCGCGAUCUGUUGCAUCGUCUUCACAUAAUACACCAUCAACAACCAUCACAACCACCAGUACACAAAAUGUAAAAACGGAUCAAACAGCAACGCCAACCAGGAAAAUCUCGACAUCAUCCCGCUUUAUAAAUGCUUUUCAACAAUUGUACACAACAUCAGCGGCUUCUUCGUGUGUGGCAAGUGCCGCAGACAACGAUGAGGCCGAGAGUAGUAGUAAUGCCGCUGGUCGGACACCAACUAAGGGCAUGGAAUCAAAACUACUUUCAAUGUGGCAUAAUGUCAAAUAUGGUUGGAGUGGAAAAUUGAAAUCGAAUUUUUCCAAAGAACAACCAGUUUGGCUACUUGGUCGUUGCUAUCAUCGUAAGUGUACACCUCCUUCUUCGAUGGAAAAUAGCUCGGAACUGGGUGGCAUGACGACAAUGGGACAAGAUCAAGCCAACAUGACAAUUUCCAAUGCAUAUGACACUAUACAGCAAGACACAGGUGGAAUUGGUUUAACACCCAACAACAGUUCAUCUGCUCUGUAUCCUAUUCUAAAUCCCCAACAAGUGGAAGAAAUUGUGGUGCCGCAAGAAUUGGCCUUGGAUGCCACUGACAAUCAGGUGGGUGACAAUCCCUGGGAAGAGGGCAUAGAAGGAUUCAAAAGAGAUUUCUAUAGCCGCAUUUGGAUGACAUAUCGUCGAGAAUUUCCCAUAAUGAAUGGCUCAAAUUAUACAAGUGAUUGUGGUUGGGGUUGUAUGUUGCGCAGUGGGCAAAUGCUCUUGGCCCAGGCGUUGCUUUGCCAUUUUCUAGGACGCAGUUGGCGUUAUGACCCCGAAUCUCAGUUGCACUCAACACUCGAGGACAAUAUGCACAAGAAAAUAAUAAAAUGGUUUGGUGAUAGUUCUUCAAAGAGCAGUCCAUUUUCUAUACAUACAUUGGUAAAAUUGGGCGAAGAAAUGGGCAAGAAACCAGGUGACUGGUAUGGCCCAGCAUCGGUUUCAUAUUUACUAAGACAAGCCCUUAAAAAUGCCGCGCAAGAGAAUGCUGAUUUCGAUAAUUUAGUUGUAUAUGUGGCCAAGGAUUGUACAAUAUAUAUGGGUGACAUUGAAGCCGAAUGUUGCAUACCCGAACCCACGCCCAAGUCCCAUGUACCAUGGAAAAAACAGCAAACACCAAAAUCAAAUGAAAUCAAAUCCAAUUGGAAAUCGCUGAUUGUAUUGGUGCCGUUACGUUUGGGAACAGACAAGUUAAAUCCUGUGUAUGCUCACUGUUUGAAGCUAUUGCUAAGUACCGAAUAUUGUAUUGGUAUCAUUGGCGGAAGACCAAAACAUUCAUUGUAUUUUGUGGGCUUUCAGGAGGAUAAACUAAUCCAUUUGGACCCACAUUAUUGUCAAGAAAUGGUUGAUGUUAAUCAGGAAAAUUUCCCGCUUCAUUCAUUCCAUUGUAAAUCACCGCGUAAAUUGAAAUCGAGUAAAAUGGAUCCCAGUUGUUGUAUUGGUUUCUAUUGUCAAACAAAAACCGAUUUUGAUAAUUUCGUUGAAUCGGUGCAACUCUAUUUACAUCCCAUGCGCUGUGCCUCGGGCUCAUUGGAAAAACAAUUACCUCAACAGCAGCAACAACAACAACAAAUGCCUUCUAGCCUGACCAACAGUUUUACAGAAACAUCUAAUCAAUAUGCCGAAAUGAAUUAUCCAUUAUUUUCAUUUUCUCGGGGACGUUGUCUUCAACACGAGACGAACCUUAACGAAAUGAGCGAUUCGCUUUACAAACCAUUACAGAAACAAUUACAACAAUUUAAUCAGUAUAAUGGCCAGCAUUCUAUGCCAAUCGAUGAUGACAGUGAAACUGAAGAAUUUGUAUUACUUUAGGUGCAAAAUAACUAGACGAGAAAAACUAGAAAAUAGAACUCACUUGCAAGCUAUGAUCAACAUUUGCUGAUUCUAUAACAUAAAAACAUAUAUCAAUCAUGCCAUUCAAAAAAAAAUAUCUACAAUAACAAUUUUUGUGUUGUUACAUUAUGUAUCUCAAAAUUAAAAGACUUAUUUUUUCGCAUAUACGUAUUUGGUAUCUAAUACAACAAACAUUUGUGUAAUUCCUUCCUUUACUUUUGUUACAAAAGCUCCUAUUGUCUUUUUUGUUCAAUGCAAACCAAUAUACAUGUAUAUUUAUUUCUUGUUUAUUAUUAUAGACUUUGUUAUCAUUACUUUAUACCACACUGUUUCAUUCAAUAUGUGCUGUUUCUUUUUUGUUCUUAUCAACUAAUGUUUAUUUUAUUUAUUUGUAGUUUAAGUUUAGUUACAAUACCCAUUAUUCUAGGCUAGAGAUGUGUAUUUUUUUGUAUACAAUAUAAAUUUGAAAUGAAUUCAUUGAUUCAUGCGUCAAUGUCACCGCACUUACUAACUAGAGUGACGCUUGGCCGCUUUUGAAGUAUAUGAAACAAAAUAUCUAUUCAGUAAAAGUAUGUACCUAUCUUUAAUAUUAUUAUCAUUAUUUACUCACUCACAAUUGUGGUUAUUUCAAGGCCCAUUUCAUCGAAUAUAAUUUUCCAAUUUUAUCUUUUCUAAGUUAAGCCUUUUUCUUUGCCAUUGCUACAAUCACAAAUUAGUGUACCGUAGCUACAUAUAAAUAAUAUUCUUAGAUUUACAUAUGUACACCCAUUUAUGUGAUUUAACAAAUUGAUUAAUUAUAAAAUUUUGAUUGAAUGAUGCAUACAUACAUAUAAAUAUAUAUAUUAAAACAUUCACAUUCAAAGUACACAUAAAUAAAUAUUACAAUUUCCAACAUAAACUUGGAGUUUUUUUAUUUCUUUGUGAGUAAUUGUAUUAAUAUACAUCGCCUUGAA